ACUGUCAAACACCUUGUAAGAACAUUCACGAACCAACCAGAACCUUAAAAAAUUAUUUCUGUAUUUUGCGCCCUCAUCCACCGUUCGUACACUCUCAAUCCAACGGCUGAUAUUUCACUCGAACCUUCUCGAAACUCAUACCAAACGUUUUUUAAACCACAAUACCCGCUCCUUCCUUCCUGUUCCGAUAAGCAUUUUUUCUGGCAAAAGAAAUUAGAAUUUUCUCUUGUUUUUACUGUUUUUUUAUUUGAUUAUCUGAGAAGACUUCUGCGAUGGUUGGAAAAGGAGAGGGUCCAGCGAUCGGAAUAGAUCUCGGUACUACGUACUCAUGCGUCGGUGUUUGGCAACACGACAGAGUGGAAAUCAUAGCCAAUGAUCAGGGCAACAGAACGACUCCGUCUUAUGUUGCUUUUACUGAUACUGAGCGAUUGAUCGGCGAUGCUGCUAAGAACCAGGUCGCCAUGAACCCUAUCAACACCGUUUUUGAUGCUAAGCGUUUGAUUGGUCGGCGAUACAGUGACCCUUCUGUACAGAGUGACCAGAAACUUUGGCCGUUCAAGGUUAUUGCUGGCCCCGGUGACAAGCCCAUGAUUGGGGUUACAUACAAGGGCGAAGAGAAACAAUUUGCUGCUGAGGAGAUUUCUUCUAUGGUGCUCAUUAAGAUGCGCGAGAUUGCCGAGGCCUACCUCGGAUUAACAAUAAAGAAUGCCGUUGUGACUGUCCCUGCUUAUUUCAAUGACUCUCAGCGCCAGGCAACUAAGGAUGCCGGGGUAAUCGCUGGCCUCAAUGUUAUGCGUAUUAUCAAUGAGCCCACUGCCGCAGCUAUUGCUUAUGGUCUUGACAAGAAGGCGGGAAAUGUUGGUGAAAAAAAUGUUUUGAUCUUUGAUUUAGGUGGUGGUACGUUUGAUGUCUCGCUGCUAACCAUUGAAGAGGGUAUCUUUGAAGUGAAGGCCACAGCUGGUGACACCCACCUUGGAGGUGAAGACUUUGAUAACAGAAUGGUGAACCACUUUGUUCAAGAGUUUAAGAGGAAGCAUAAGAAGGAUAUCUCUGGAAACCCUAGAGCUCUUAGGAGGUUGAGGACAGCUUGUGAAAGGGCUAAGAGGACUCUCUCAUCUACUGCUCAAACAACUAUUGAGAUCGAUUCUUUGUACGAGGGUAUUGAUUUUUACACAACAAUCACCCGUGCCAGAUUUGAGGAACUUAAUAUGGAUCUUUUCAGGAAGUGUAUGGAACCUGUUGAGAAGUGUUUGAGGGAUGCAAAGAUGGACAAGAGCGGCGUACAUGAUGUUGUUCUUGUUGGUGGUUCUACUAGAAUUCCCAAGGUGCAACAGUUGUUGCAGGACUUCUUCAAUGGGAAGGAGCUUUGCAAAAGCAUAAACCCUGAUGAGGCCGUUGCCUAUGGGGCUGCUGUGCAGGCGGCGAUCUUAAGUGGCGAGGGUAAUGAGAAGGUGCAAGAUCUGCUGCUCUUGGAUGUUUACCCUCUAUCUCUUGGACUGGAAACUGCUGGAGGAGUGAUGACGGUCCUGAUACCAAGGAACACCACCAUUCCGACCAAGAAAGAGCAGGUGUUCUCGACCUACUCUGACAAUCAACCUGGGGUUUUGAUCCAGGUUUAUGAGGGCGAGAGAGCAAGAACAAGGGAUAAUAAUUUGCUUGGAAAAUUUGAGCUCUCUGGCAUUCCUCCAGCUCCAAGGGGUGUUCCUCAGAUCACUGUCUGCUUUGAUAUUGAUGCUAACGGUAUCUUAAAUGUUUCUGCUGAGGAUAAGACAACUGGACAGAAGAACAAGAUAACAAUUACUAAUGACAAAGGAAGAUUGUCCAAGGAAGAGAUUGAGAAGAUGGUACAGGAGGCUGAGAAGUACAAGGCUGAGGAUGAGGAACACAAGAAGAAGGUUGAGGCCAAGAAUGCCUUGGAGAAUUAUGCGUACAACAUGAGGAACACUGUAAAAGAUGAGAAGAUCAGUUCCAAACUAUCCCCAGAUGAUAAGAAGAAGAUUGAGGAUGCUAUUGAGCAGGCUAUCCAGUGGCUAGAUGCUAACCAGCUUGCUGAGGCGGAUGAAUUCGAGGAUAAAAUGAAGGAGCUUGAGAGCAUUUGCAACCCCAUCAUUGCCAAGAUGUACCAGGGUGCUGGUCCUGACAUGGGAGGUGGUAUGGAUGAAGAUGUCCCUUCAGGUGGUAGCAGUGGUGCUGGCCCUAAAAUUGAAGAAGUUGACUAAGCUGCAGUUUGAGCGAGAAUAGCUGGUGGGGAAUGUUUCAGGAUGUUGCAUCCACAUUCUGUUGUAGUUUGGGUGUGUACUAGUUUUCCUGUGCCUAAAACUUAGAAGUGGAAGACGGUUCUGUUUGUUGAACUGUUAUUCUGUACAUCUCCUGUGAGAUGUCAAGUUCCUAUUUCACCUUAUGUUAUUGUGCAAUACUUUUUUUUUUUAAAUGACGCUUUAUGGCAUCAAGUCUUCAUCUAAA